CUUUGUACGCGAAAACCGCCACAACCGCCGCCGCCGCCCGACAGUCGUGACCGAGUGCCGCCGCCGCCGCCGUCGUCGUCGUCGUCGUUGUCGUCGUAGUCGUCCGACACCCCUACCGGGUAGUAACGUAUUAUUAUUAUGAAAUGCUCUCGGCCAACGGAUUCACGUCUAUCGUCACCGCACUCAUCUGCACGCUGUCCUGCAUAGCCGACGCCCGUAAGCUCUCCACUCUACGAUACUAUUGUAACAUCUGUACCUACUCAUUUCCGUUUCGUUUUUCAUUUUUUUUCCCCCUGUGAAAGAUCAUGGCGACGGUUUCGAAAUCGAAACCGGUCGUAAACAUAUUAAUAUUUUACGUAGCAUACGAAACACCCGGGGUUGUUUUCUCAUGUAUCACUAUGUAUCCGGCUAUUUUAUGUUAUUAUUUUGUUCGUAAAGGUGUACUAACAUCAAAAAAUCAAAAAAAUAAAAUAAAAUAAAAAACCUAAAACGAAACAAUAAUACGUUCAACAUUUAUUAUAUAGUACCUGUAAUAACCUUAAAUGGUAAAUAUAAACUAAAUCUACAGCUCACCGCUGUACAACAUUAUAAUAUAUUACGGCCGAUUAGAUUUAAGUGACUCUUGUUAACUUGACUGAACAUAACUUGUAUUUAACUCGACUUAAAGCCGAGUAAUCACUGCGAAAACUUGUUAGGUUAGUUUAACGACACGGUUAAAAAAUAAUCAGCUAUCCUACGUUAAGUUGAAAAGUUAAAAAUAAAAAAAAAAAGGACGAAAUUGUUUUAACUAGUUAUAUUAACGUCCGGUCGACGUUAAUUUUGGAAACGUACAGGUGUCCCGCGGAGAUCUGUCGAAUUGACAAAACUUUUAAUCCAUUCGAUUUUUAAUAAUCGCUCGGGAUUUUGCGCUAUGUUACUGCUAUAUUGUUACGUAAAAAAAAAACAACAGAACAAGAGUUAUGAAGUUUGUCGGAUCUCCGCGGGGCACCCUGUAUACUUCCUCGUUCAUUUUACGGGUAUAAUCUCGGAAAUUUAUUCAUUAUUGUUUUAAUUUCCACGGCUUUGUCGUUGCAUUCGGGGUUGUAUACAACAGUGUUGUUAUACGCCGGAGUGUUUUUUUUUUUCAAAAAUGAAUUUCCGAUAAAUUGAACGCGCGUUUGUCUGAUUCGAUAUUAUUUUAAAUUAUGUACGAAUCCAGGAAGGUAUUGGUUUUAAUAUGACGUGUGUGUAUGUUUUGGUUUUAAUCAUUUCUUUUUAUGUAUUUCGUUUUGUUUGUAUCUAUACACAAUUUAUCAGAUACCAGAAAUCACACAUCCCAAUCAGAAACUUUAUGAUGGGAACUUUCUUGUAGUAUUUUCGAUCUGUAUAGUCAGUGCGUCAGGCAGGCGUUUGUUUCCUCGUAGCUUUCUUGUCUAACAAUUUUUCGUAUAUAAUAUUGUGAUUGACGUUCGGGUUACCUAGGCAACAAUUAGGGGCGAUCCUAAGGAGGAUUUGAGGGGAAUGUGACACGCCUCUAAAGUCGGCAACUGUAAUUUCCAGUCGGCGUAUUAUAGCUAUUCACAAGACCCAAAAUACCUACAAUUUUAAUACUUUAGAUUUUGAGUGGAGCAAAGAAGCUUAUGGUUUUACAAGGAUAUUUAUUUUUUUUUUCUGUGGACAACUUUUCAACCAGAGGACUUGCUCUGAGUUUUACGUGUAGUACCUUUUCUGAAAAAAAUCGGUGUGGGGAGAUACUUUAAGGAGGUAAUUUUUCGAUUUUCUUAAGAGUUUUCUCAUCAAAUUCGAAAAACCGAAAAAAAACAUGGAAAAAUCGGGAAAAACGUAGAAAAAACCGGGAAAAUCUGUACAACAUAAACUAAUAUUAUUAAAGAAAAUAUAUAAAGCCUUUUUAAUUAUUUGACUAUAUUAUGGUAUAUAUAUUGUUGACAAAGCUUCAUUAUCAACUGAACUCCGCUCAGAAUAGUUUUUCGUGAGCAACGGUUUAUUGCUGAUAUAAAUUAAAACAUUCUCAAUAUAUCCUAACUUCCCUGCUAAACCAAUGGCACACCCAUCGACAGUAUCAAUGUUUUUAAAUGCUUGUACAACGAUGUUCUCAUCAAUUUUUUUUAGAGUAUAUAGUAACCCAAUUUUAUUAUCUUUCUUAUGGGUUAUAUUGUUUAAUAGUUACUGAUUAUACGGAAAAUAAAUUAAAAUUAUUAUAUAAAACAAAACACUCGAUAUUUUUAAAAAUAAAUUAUUAGUAUUUAGUUAGUAGUAUUUAUAAGUAAAUCAUAACGUUUUCAGUUGUAAUAAUUGCUGAAAUAAAAAUUUUAUUUCAGUAUUUUUUCUUUUUUUUUUCUUUUGUAUUUAAUACAAUUUUCAUUACUGUUUCGAGUUUCUAGUGACAUAAUAAGCGGUAUAGACGGUUUCAUGAUAGUAUGUCACGAAAGAUUUUUUUUUUUUUCUAUUAGAGAGUACACGCAGUAUACACGUGAUUUUUCAACAAAACGCUGAGAGCAUACGGGGUAUAAUUCUUAGUAUACCCUAUGAUAGGAGUAGGGAACCUGCGGCUCCUUAACAUGCAAUCUGUGGCUCUUUGAAAAAUGUAUCAACAUUAAAGACGGCAUAUUUAUUAUGUUUUUGAUGCCUACCAAUCCAACGAAAUUACUUCGUAAAAUAAUAUUUAUAAAUUUAAAUAAAAAUGAAUAAAUAUAAAAUGUAUAAAUAGUUUUUUAUACUACGGAUCGAUUUUUUUUAUCCUAAACAAUGUGGCUCUUUGAAAAUAAUGGUUUUGCAAUUUGGUUAUUAUUUUAAAUGGCUCAUUUACACGAAAAAGUUCCCGACCCCGGGCCUAUGAGGAAACCGCUGUAUAUAUAAUAUAUGUGUAUGAUUAAACAAUGUAAAAUAUUUUUUAUUUUAAUGAGAAACAAUCGAAAACCAUUUGGUACAAUAUACUCAUAAAUUCGGUAUUACAUAUUUUUUUUUUUUUUUGUAUAUUAUGUUGUGCUUUAAAACAUUUCGUUUCGGUACCACCAUCGCUGUGCUAUAUAGCACAGGCGUGUUUAUCGAUCCUGUCGAACGAUUUGUAGUAGAAGCAUUUAUUUUCGAACUGUACUCGAUUCUCCGUCGCCGUCGGUUGUGCCCGUGCCAGUGAGUUAUACACGCGAUCGCUAUCGCUGCCAAUAAUACGUUUUACCCUAAUAACGGUCUAAAAAAAAAAAAGUUCCAAAGGUAGGAUGUAUUUAAUGUAUUUAAUGUAUUUAAUUUGUAUCUGCGGUGCGCAACGACGAUAAUCAUAUGUGACGAAAAACGAUUUUAGGUGAAGCUAUCUGUUAAACGCGUUUUGGAAUUUCGCAGUAUUUACGAUUUUCAUUUGAAUUGCAGUAGAAGUUUUAUCAAAGAAAACGUAUUACGUUGAACCUCAGUUUUGAAGUAUUUUGGUAGGCCAAAACAAUUCUAUACGUACGAAAUCACGUAAAAACUAAAAAUAUGACAGUUUUAAAUGGCUGUAAAAAGCUCAAUAAUAUUUUAGAAUUUAUACUGCGUCUAUAAAAGGCUACAAUAAGGAUUUUUUGAACAUUUCAGGUCUUCGCGAUUAUUUUUAAUUGAAUUACCAAAACCCAAAAUCGACUGGAAAUCGACGAGCAAAAAUACUGGAAAUCAAUAUUGUGUGCAUUAUCCCAGUAGGCCCAAUAUCAAAGCUACUUAUAUAUACCAACUGCAUUCAACGAACCCACUAGACAAAGUUUGUUAGAAAAAGCCAAUUUUUCGUUCUUUAAUUAGAGCAAGACACUGGUAGAAAAGUUGUUAACAGACGCAAAAAAUUUAAAUCACACGUCGUAGUAAAUGACCAGACGCCCACGCUACGCUCUGAAAUAAAGGUGAAUGGGAGAGAGGGGAAACGAUAGUUUUUUUUUAAAACAGUGACGAUUGAAAAAAGGCGUACCGUUCUGAAACUAAACCGUGUUGCCGAGACAAUAUAACUUAAUUACAAACCGCGAAACUUUUGUAAAAUAUUCAUCGAGUACAUUGGUCGGUCGCGCGGGAUGACUUCAUUGUCAUUGAAAACGUGUAUUUCGACAGUAAAAUUAUAAUCCUGCUGAUUCAUACAUCGAAUUAUUAAUUUUAAUGAUAACGUUUAUUUUGCAAAUACAGUACUGUUAUUUUGUUAACCGUUCCGUAGAAUUACGAGCGCUUACGGAAAAUAAUAUUAAUAUAUACAGAGUGAUUAAUUUAUCACGAACCGGAGAUUAUCCGUACGAAUACAAACAUCUUCAGAAAAUUUGAAUUUGAUUUUUUAUUUCAGUCGUUAUACACACAGAAUCGUUUGAUAAAAUCGUAUAUUAGAAAUAUUUUCAAAAUUUCCCUUUCAGUUCUAUACCAUAAACUCGAAUCUAAGUAAUUAUAUGGUCAAAUUAAAAAUGACCACGGAAAAAUGUCUGUACGCCAAAAUAUCCAGAAGAACAUAAUAUUAUUAUAGUCGUUGAAAAAAUUAACUAUUUAAACUAAAUUUAUUCAUCCGGUCAUUUUUGUAUGUGGUCAUAUUUUCCUCUAGUCAUUUGAGAGCCAUGGCCAUUUUUGAUUUGGCCAUUAUUACCACGACUGCCCAUAAACUCAUUUCAACACUAUUGACGUUCAAAUAGCGGCCCAUAUUUUUCAACUCCUAACUUGUAAAAAUAUUUUUAUAUUGAACGUGCGAAUAGUUUAAAAGUACACACGAUCCCUAUUUGAAAAUCAACUACGCAAAGACAGACUGGUGGAUUAUUACAGUGUAAGCUUGUAAAAAUGGCUGCCUGUAACACUCUUUUAAUUGUACGGUUUGAUACGUCAUACCGUUCACUUCCCAUUUGAAUUUUCGAACGAACUUUUCAAGUUUAGCCCAGUCAUUAACGACUACGUUCUUUCAACGAAGUGGGCCACCGUCAACCAGUGUACAGUUUCACGAAGCAUCAUUUGCGUGGUGGGACGACGCGCAACUUUUGAAUAGCACUCCACUACUUUUCCUAUCCCAAACCUAAAAAUGAAAUAUCUCGUCAACGUAUUGACUGAAAUUGAAAACUAUAACGCCAAAAUACAUAUAAACUAAAAACCUCAUCUGUCUAUGGAAUUUUGAAUACGGAUUAUUUUUAUUUUAAAAUCAAAAAGGAAUAAUGGUUUUGCCUUUCAAAAAUAAGGGUAACGAAAAAAAUAAUGAUAACGAAAUAUUUUGGAAUCGCUUGUUUAAUGAAUAGUAAAAAAAAAAAAAUCGAAAAAAAUUAAUACUUUCCGAGACAAUAAAGAGGUUUAUCAGAUGAUUGAUCAUACUGUAUCAUUGUCGUUUGACGCGAUCGUUUACAAGCGCGCGUGUAAAUGUGUGUUCAUGAAUAUUUGUCGACAAACAGCGAAUUAAGUCCGGAAAGUCGAAUAUUAUCUUAAACGAAAAUUAAACGUUCGCGGUAGAGGCAACUUUACGUGUACGCCAUACAUAAUUAAUUUCAUCGUAUAACCGAAAUGUUAUAAAUGUUACCGCCAGCUUAAGUAAGCUGUUUAUAUAGUAGUCAACGAAAUAGCUAAGAAAACGUCGUUGUAAUAUAAUACAGUUAGGAUAAAUUAAUUUAUACAAAAGUCAAUAAUUUUAUUCGAUACAGUCAUAUUCUAUAAACAUAAAAGACUAGUCUUGAUUGACUGACUGACCGACUGAUCUAUCGACACAUUGCCUAAAACCACUAAGAUUCGAAAAUCUAGAAGUUCGUUUUAUGACGUUGGCAUCCACUAAGAAAAAUUUUUUGAAAAUUCCAUCUCAAAGAGGGUAAAAUAAGAGAUGGGAGUCUAUAUAUAACAUCAUUAUGUGUCCAAACUGCUGGAUCUAGAAACUUAGAAGUUCGUUAUAAAUGUAGACAACCCCCUCAAAGAAAUUUCUAAAAAAUUCAACCCCUAAAGAAUUAAAAAGGGGUGUCAAAGUUCGUAUAUUAUAAUAUAAACGCAUAGCUCUAACCGCUGGGUCUAGAACCCUGAAAUGUAUUCCUUAUGUAACGUAGAAAACCACUAGUGGGAAGGCUUUUUUUAAAAAUUCAACCUCUACAGGAUUAAAAUCGAUUAAAAGGUUUAUUUGUUUGUUUGUCCUUCUUUUACGUCGUCGGCGAAGGGACCAAUCGAACGGAUUUUUUGCAUAGGGGUAAGACUAAGAAAUGGCAAAGGUUUAUUUUCAUAACGAAAAAAACAUCUCAUUACCAUAAGAAAAUCGAAAUACUUCCCAACAGGAAGUUCCAACACCCAUUAAUUGGCAUUGGUUUGGACGAAAAUGUACGGUGUAUAUACACUAAACUGUUCAGACAUAUAAACUGCACACAGAUGAAGCCGUGUAAUAAAACUAAUAGGUAUAUUCAUAUCAUAUGCUUUUGUAAUUUCGUAUCUAUUUUAAAACGAUUAAGAUCCAUAUAAUUUAUCAAUAUUUCGUUUUAAUUUAAUAAUAAAUAUUAAUACGCAGAGCGCUUAUUUUUAUCAUGGUGCAUCAAUUAUACCUAUAUGGAGAUUUUGAGUAAAAAUGAUUAAAUGUGUUCGGUUAUCAUAUUCAUCUUAUUUAUAAUAUUUUCAAAAAAUAAAUCUCUAUUCUGUAUUUGCACAACAGUUAAACACUUACAAAUUAUAAACUUGUAUAUAGGUCACUCUUCCCACAUUAAUAACGCUAAGCGUGUUAAAAUGUUUAGAAAAAAUAUAAUUUUUGGAAGCUAUGUCGAAAUAAUGUUAGAGGGGGGGUAGAUUGUCAAUUGAAAAAUCAAAAGUCAAAAGUCAAUAGUACAAAGUACGAAUGACUUGAAAAAGUGUUAAAAUAAAGCCUAAACAAUGGUUGGACGAAAAAAAAUACAGAAAUCAAAUUUACUUAAAAUCCACGGUUCUUGUGAAUUUUCGGAUCGUGAUGAAAAAAAAAUAUCACUCUGUUUAGUUUCAAAACGAAUUUUAUAAUACAUUAUAAUAUUGGUAUUAUUCUACUGUUGAAACGUAUCGAAAAAAAACGUUGAUAAUUUGUUAAAACUGUUACAAUAUAUUUUGUUUCGUGUUAAUGAUAAUAAUCAGUGAAACGCGAAAAAUCCGCAGCAGAGGAAUUAUAUGACGAUGUGAAACGUUUACGGUGAUGGUUUUCAAAAGUUGUUCGCCUUUGAGUGCACGUGCAGACUAACGGAACUGCAAAGUCGUCAAGUUUGUUAUUCACGUUUUAUAAAAUAUUAAUAUUAUAUUAUAUUACCGACAGCCGAGUGGUUAAAUAAACGUACGGAGCGGUAAAUGUACUUGUUACCCGUGCAUUUAUACGGUUUUGAAAAUCCAUAAAAUAAAAAAUAUUUUCAAAUCAGGAAAUUGUGUGUAUAUAUAUAUAUAUAAAAAAAAAAAAAAAAAAACUCGUAUAUUUAUCCAUCGGUGCGCGUAUCGAAUAAUAUUAUAAAAUCACCGCAGCAGUGAAAUAUACGUGAAAAAAAAAAUUAUAUAUUAUUACGUAUAUAUUAUACACACGACAAAAAAGGUGUAGCAAUGCGUAAAAUAGUUUUCCGUGCAAAUGGAUUUAUUUUUUGAUGAGAAAAAAUAUGUUUAUCGCCACAAUAUAUAUAUAUCAUAUUCAAUAUUUUUAGAGCAACGCGAAAUAAAAAAUAUAUUUUUUCCACACGUAUACACAACAUACACAGAAACUAUUUUAUUACAUAGAAUAUGAUUAUUGUUUUUUUUUAUUUAUACCACCCAGCGCUAAUAAAUCAAUUUUGAUUCUAUCAAAAAAAAAAAAAAAUAAUAAUAAUAAAAAAAAAUUUCUCGCAUAUUAUUAAAAAAUAUUUUCAAAAUGUACGUACGAUUUCAUAAUUAAUCGCUCAUGACUAUUAUGGAACUCGUAAAGUUAAUUUUUUUUUUCAAUUAUGCGUUUGGGUUUAAUUGAAAAUUGCGAUUCGUGAAGGCCAUAGAAUUCUUUUCGCAAAUCAUCGCGAGGACUUAUGUUAAACUAUUACUUAAAGAGAACAGAAGAAAAAAAUUAGUUUAUACUUAAACAUCUCUUUGUAACCGAGUGCUCGAAUAGGAAAAAUAUAAGAAGAGGUCAUAAGACUUAAAAAAAAAAACAACUUCCCUUGCAAUUAUUGAAAUUGACGUAAACUGAGAAAAAUCUAGUUAAAAACGUCGGGAAAAUUGUAUACGUUACAUUAAUAAUGGUUUCUGUGAUGUUUGACUUUUUUUUUUCUUAGUGUAAUUCCAUGAAAAAUUAUUACAGAAGACGGAAAUUUCACCAAACACUUAUGUGCAGUAUCUUCAAGACAUUUAUAUAAAUUUCAAAACAUUAGUAAUUUUUCAUUUACCUAUUUAUAGAUAUUUGAAAUUAUCGAGUUUUUUUUAGGUUUUGAUACGUGAUUUAAAUCGUUUUGGGCCGGUGAAAAUACUCGAAAAUUGAACACGAGGUUUGUUAUAAGUUGCAAUUAGUGAUAACAGCAAAAAAGAAAAAUUGAGCGUAACGUUGUAUUUAUUUUUUAUAAGCGUUAAGAGUUCAAAGUUUAUCAAGAGCUACACUUAUAGUACUAGGAAAUACAAGGAGUAAACAAAAUAAAAAUAGUAUUAGAAAAUAAAGCAUAAACGACUCCGUAGCAUUAUUAUCCAGAAAAAAAAAAAACAGAAAUCGAAUUCACUUAAAAUCCUCCGUGAUGAAUGGAUCACUCUGUACAUACGAAUAAAUGGGAAAUAGCGAAAAUAUUUUAAAUAAUAACUGUUGAAAGAACAAAUUUACUGAAAACAACAAUGUAGUUUGGUACUUGAUAGUAAAUGUAAUUUUGUCACGACGAAGUGAUAAUAAUAUACAAUAUAUUAAAAUAAAACAUCUAAACCGACAUCGCCCCUCUUUUUUUUUUUAGACGCCGGUAUUGAUUGUUUCAAAUGUGUUUCACUGGAAUGGCAGAACCGUGCGUGUGACGACCCGUUCCAUAAUAAUUUUAGCUCGGGACUUUUAGAGUCGCCUUGCAUGGGCGGGCGGAAAGGCCGAAACGGUGUGUUUCCGGCUACCGCUUGCAUUAAGCUCACCGGUUACUAUCGUAAGUUUUGUAUUUUUCAUUUUGUUAUCGCAAAACAUAAAACGAACUUCGACCUUUUUCGUCAUUACGGAAACCGAUAAAAAACAAAACUCUAUUUAAAAAUAAAAAAGUUCUUACAGAAGUAAUUUUAUGAUAAUAUCUCACAGGGUUGAAAUAAGAACUGUUGAUUCGAUACGUAUUUCGCGUGAUUAUUAUACACGUUCUACAUUAUUAUACUUUUUUUUUCGUUUUAAAUAUUCAAAUCGACCAAAAAUUAGAUUAUAGAACGCGUAACGUAACAAUAAUUGGUAUUUCGUUCGUUUUAUUGAAACGAGAAAAAAAAAUAUCUACAGUAUUAUUACAAUAAUAAUAUUAUGUUCUAUAGAAAAAACCGGACAACACAUCACGGUCAGAGGGUGUGCUUUGGAUAGUGGCACUCUGACUACGGACACCGAAAUUAUUCGCAUGUCACAUUGCGGAGGAUUCUAUUUCGAGGACAAGUAAGAAUUAUAUCCGUUUAGACAUUGCAAUAAUAAUAUUAUACUCGAAUGACAAUGCGCCCGCAAUAUGUACUCGUAAUAUAAAAAUGUAAAAAGUGAGUGACGUUCUUAUUGGCCCAUCCGAAUUGGGUCAUGGGUUAAUUCGGGUACUAUACUAGUUUGGUCUCGGGUUCUCGAGUUGGGUUCCAGAUUUUCUCAGAUUGGGUUUCGAAUUAAUAAAAGUGCGUAGAAUAGAGGUUCUAAAAAGUACCCGAGUAGACGCUUACAUCAAAAUGAAAAGUAUGGGGGAAAAAACGACGGGAAUAUAUUUUACAAAAAGAAUAAUUUAUAAAAGAGAAAAUUACUGAAAAAAAAACUUUGGCAACUUAAAUCAUUUUUGCUAUCUCAUACAUUUUUACCUAAGUAAAUAACACAUUUUUUAAUUUUUUUUUUUUAUAUUAUAUUAAAUUAGUAUUCAUACGACCGGAGGCCACCUUCUUAAUGUUUUUCAAAAUAUUAAUUCAUCUGACAAAACAAAAAUGUUUUAAUCAUACCUGUGUUUUAUUUUAAACUACAAACCACUGACGGUCUUAAGUCUAUAAAAAUAAGAAGGAAAAUGUUUUUUAUUGUUUGUAAACGUUUGGACCCAACUAGUAUAUAACCUGCCAAAAGUCGGGACCCAACCAGCAUAUAGCUAGGUCCAAAAUUCAUUGGGACCUAACUAGUGUACUACCCAUUAAAACUACUUGGAUCCGAGACCCAAUUCGGAUGCGGCCGUUUUCAUGGGCGUUUUUUCUCCACGUAAAUAUAAUACCUAUAACCGAUGAAACCAGAAAAAAUUGACGCGACGGUUAGUAAAAUAAAAUAAGAUAUGAUAAAACACCGAUAAUAUACAAAACGAAUUUCAUAUCAAAUAACCCGGUCUAAACUCAAAACGAUGUAUAUUUCGUUUUAAUUUCAACGAAUAACAUCUACACGUGAAAAUGUGUGAUAAGACCGAAUAUUGCAGUAUGAUCGCAUAAACAACAAAACUAAUAAUAGUAAUAUCUACCCGGUAGCGUAUUCAAGGGUGGAUGCGCUGAGGAAGCUGCGACUCAUCCUCUUAAAUUUAAGGAAAUUUUAUACUACCGUUCUAAAUAGAGUUUUUUUUAAAAAAACUAAUCUACGUUAUAUUGUAAUGUGAUUGUAGAGGUCGGAUUUAUAUUCUCUUAAAAUCCUUAAAAUAUGAUGUUUUUAUGUCGUUUAAAAUAGGCAAUAUAUUCUCUUAAUAUUAUUUUAAAAUACCAGAUAUAUAAUAUUUUAUCUCCUUGAAGGAUCAAAAUAUUCUUUUAAUAUUUAAAAAAAAAAAAUUUAAUUUGAGUUUUCAACUUAAAUUAAAUUGUAUUAUUUAUUUUGUUUACAACAUUUUUAAUUAAUUAAAUUUAUUUUACAAUCGUGACAGCUAAAGUUAUUUCGUUAUUUUUGACGUGAUAUCACCAUUGAUAAGAAAUAUCCAGUGUUUAAUUUUUAUUAGAAACCCAGAAGGAUUUAAACAUAACUUGCUUGUAAAAUAAAUUGUAUUUCUUGAUUACUAUUAUUAAAACGCCGAUAUACGUCCAUACAAAUAAUAGGUUCAAAAAUAAAAAUAUGUAUAAAAUAUUCUCAAAAUCUCAAAUGUUCCCUAACGUAUUGAAUAUUCUCUUUAUGCCUUAAAAUAUGAUUUUUUUAUGCAAAAUACACUUUUUCCUCUAAAUUCUAUGUUUUAUGAAUAGUGAAGAUAUCUUACUCCCAUUUAACUGCAUACCCUAGAAACAAACAUGUAAAAUCAUAAAAAUCCGACUUCUAGUGAUAUAUAACUGAUGAGAUUCCACCGAAAAACAUUCCCGGACACGCCCCUGUGCCUACAUAUAAUAAUUAAUCCAAAUUUAGUCACUGUAGAUAGAGCGCUGCAGGUAUUGCGAAUAAAUGUAUAUUAUAAAAGAAAGUGAAAUUAAAAGUGAAAAAGUAGACGGUUAUUGACACGAAUGUGAUUGAAAGUGCUACGAGUACCCAUACUGCGGGCCCCGGAUGAUGCAUGCUGAUAAUAUUUGAGAAACCGUAUCAGCUGUCAACGAGAAGAUUUAGAAUUGAGACCGAUCCCGAACAGUCGGAGAAGCAAUCGAAUUGACAAGGCUCGAAAUACCGGCGAAGGUUUUUAUUUUUUUUGAUUGCUAUAUACGGUUUAGAGGAGUAGCGGAGUGGUCGAAUCAAUGUGAAAUUGUCGUAUUGGGUUUAUUUCGAAGCGAUUUAUGAACGGCGUGUACAUGCGUUCUGUUCGAAUACCAAUCCGAAGCGUAUAACAUAAAACAUGUAAAAUCAUUAUUGCGAAAAACGAUUGAAGCACGCGUGUGCUCGUAUUAUACUUCUGAUAUUGAAAGCGUACGCGACAACCUCGGAACUGAAAAUGAUCAUGGAUAAAAAAAAAUAUUUAUGUAUACAUGCGUACUCCGUAUAAAAACGGUCCAGAUAUUUAAAUUAUCCCUUUGAUGGCACUUGUAUAUUUUGUGUGUUUGACGGACAAAUUGGUGAUAUAAUAAUAUGAGUUCUCGAUAAAAAAAUACUCGCAUUUAGGUAUUCGAUCGUGAAAUCGUAAAAAAAUAAAAAACCAUGGCAUACACGAGAUAAUAUAUAUUUUAUAGAAUACGAUUAUAUAAUAUGUCCGAUCGUUAUAUACCGAUAAGUAUACGAUUUUUAAUUUGAAAAAACCGACGUGUUUGAAUGUCUAAAAAAAAUAAUAAGAAUAAUGAACAAAUAACUACCCCAUGAAUAUAAGAUUUGUUUUACGCGGGAUGAAUAACGCAUACCUAAUAUUUUAUAUACAUUUUCGGAAUAUUUAUUUUCUUUUAGAAAACUUUGCAAUUACUUGUAUUCGAGUGUAAAAAGAAAAAGAAAAACAUUUUUUUAUUCCGAGAUUUCUGCUGCGGGAAUCUCGACGGCACUGUUUUCAUUCAGUUAAUCGCUGGCGCGUAUAACGAGCCGUAUUCAGGAUCAGUACGACGCUCCCCCUCCCCCGGAACCUAAUGUUACUCCCUUAACGUCUGCCAAAGAUAUUUCUUUUUCUUUUCUUACUCCUGCAAACACCGAUAGCUCUGAACCGGAUAUGAAAAUAUAUUACAAAAAAGUCAUCGAGUCGAGUAAGGUGGUAAAAAAAAUCCAAAACAUCAGGGAAAAAAUAGCUCUCUUUAAGAGAAAAACACAUUAUCCGAUAGGAAAUAACCAUUAUGAUAAAAAUGAAACGAAGGGAUACAAUUUUUUUAGUAGGUAAUAAAAUAACAUAAUACCGUUUAAAUGUUAAAAAUGCAGUUUCACCAGUCAUUUUAAUAACAAAUUUAAAAAAAAUUUCUAUUAAUACUGCAAGCCGGAAAUUUAAUAAAUAUCUGUUCGCAACAAUAUUAACGGUUGCUUACGAAAAACGAUUCUGAGCGGAGUUAGAUUAAUAGUGUUGAUUUGUAUAAAAAUAUAAAUAUAUAAUUUGCCACAUUAUAGUAAAAUAAUUACAUAUGCAAUAUUUACAUAUUAAAUAUAUAAUUAGAUAUUACAUAUGCAUUAUAUAAUGUAAUAAAGAAAAUAUAAAAAAAAAUAUAUUAUAUUUUCUUUAAUACCUAAUUAUAUAAAUGUUUUUCGAAGUAAAAUUAGGUAAUAUUUUACUAAUACAUUUCGUACAUUUCUCCAUUUAUUGAGAAAAUCAAAAAAUAACCUCCUCAAAAUACCACCCCAGUUAUAUUCUCUUUCAGAAAAUGUGCUAUACUUGAUACUUUUUCCUGGUAGAAUUUGUGUACACAGUAUAAAAAAUAAAAAAAUAAAAUAAACAUCUUUGUAAAACUAAUACAUUCUUCUCUACACUCAGAAUCUAAAACACAUACACAUAAACACCCGGUAAAUAUAAAUUUACCCUAUAUAAUUUUUUUUGUAAAUUUACCUCAAUGGUACAAUUAUACAACGUAAAUUCACGAGACUCAUCACUACAGGUAAUCCUUAAUAAUUCAUAUAUCAAUUUCUUGAAAAACAAGCCAUUUAGGCGUUUAAUGUCUUUUGGCAUCCCAUUAUUGUACUGUACAUCUGUGGUAUUAUUCUAGUAUUCAUCUAUUAUUCAUAACUUACAACAUACUUAUAAGCCAAAUAAAUAACUUAUACUUGUAUAUGCACAUAUUUAUGGCCAUUUCAAAUUACAAUUUUUGUACUAUUACAAUGUGUUAUUAUUUUAUUGUCGGUAUUCAAAGGGCUCGGCCCGUAAAUAAUAAAUAAAUACGAGUAAGUUGUGGUAAAAUAAAUUUUCUACGUCGGCGUAGAAUUAAAAAAAAAAUAACUCGUUUCAUAGAAAAUCAAUUUCAGGAUCGUGCUAUGGAGGAAGUCAAAGAGGCGACUUACCUAUGGCACCCGGAGGCACCAUAAAUGUACAGCGGGUUAAAUAUUAGGUGGAUAUCGAGUUUAAACACUAAACAUAAUAAUGAUCGCCUUAGGGCACCAACGACAGUUAUCACGAUACUGCGGUACUGAUUUCCCGAAUAUGUGAUAUAAUCAAUUAUGAAUUUAAUCCGGACAAACACUGUUUUAGUUUCGUAACUUCUAAUUUUGAAGUUGUGGUUCUAUAUUUUGUUGUUUGAAUUGAGUAAGUAUAUAUAUAACUGCGGGUAAACAUAAACGGUUGUGGCGGCGAUUCCAUAUUAUAAUAUCUACUUACCGUAACAGCGACUGUAUAAUGUAACACCCACGGAUGUAAAUAUUAUUGUCGACAAUUCCGGUGGAAAUGUUUAUACCCGAAACGGCAGACGCCUAUUACCUAUAAAAUAGAUUUAGUUUUUGUUUUUUUUGUUUUUUUAAUGCUCAUGCAUCAGCAGAGUGGAGAACGUUUAUGACCUAAAUAAACGGUGUAAAAUAUAAUGUAAAUAAUAUACUCACUCAUAUUACCUAUACAUAUGUAUAUAAUAUAUACUUUGAAUACGCCUUAAAAACCCAUUAAAACGAAAAAUCAAUGUACGUAUUAUACAAUACAAUGGAAGGAGAAAAUGGUUUUUACAAACAUAACGAGCGAAUAAAGAAAAAAACGUCUAAUUAAAUUUCGAAAAUUAACAAAAACCAAAUAGUAUUGAAUACAAUUUCGUAUAUUAGACGAAACGCAUAUUAUUAUAACUAAUAUUAUCUCAUUAAUUCCGUAUAGUGAAAAAAAAACUGCAACGCACAAAGCUGAAAUGGACGUAUGCCCCUCAGUGGGUUGAGCCAUUCGAAGCGCACUAAUUUUAUGAAAAAAAUAAAAUAUUUUUAUAUGUACAUAGCAUAGUCGACAUAGUACACCGGGGAAAACAAAUGUCGAUUUGGGGCGUUAAAUCAACUUAAUUAGCAUGGAAAUUAUUUGUGUUCAAUUAUUUUAUAAAUAAUUAUAGUUUCUAAGCGAAUGGCUGCGUAAAAUUUUUGCUAUUCUGUUUUUUUUUCGCCUUUUGUAAGCAAGUUUUCGAUUAGAAAACUUUUUUUAAUCAAAAAAACACAAACAGCAAAGCGGGUUUCUUGUAGCAUUUUUGACAUGUAAUAAAUGCAUUUGGGAAUUUGUUUUUUUUUUUUUUAAUUCUUUUGUCCUGACUUUGAUAAGUUGUAACAAUUAUAUAUUACGGUUUUAGACGAAAUCUAUUUCAUCGAAAUUGAUACAAAUCUAAAACUCAGAAUUUUUAUAAUAUAGCCAUGUAUAUUCACUUGAAUUUUGGAUAUUUUUUAGUACAUCCUUGGGUUAUAGGCUAUAAAAAAAUUCUAAUUAGAAAUUUAAACCAGUUAAAGAUGAUAUUGGGAAUCGUUUUUCGUUAUCAAUGAAUUAAACAUGUUUAACAAUGUUUAAACUAUACAAUUUAUACACUCACCUACAACUAUAGAUGACCCGAAGUAUAUAAGGUUUUUUUUUAAAAAGUUUAAUUGUAAUGGCGCAAGGGAGUAUGAAUUUCAAACGAAUUCCCGUACAAAUUUUCGGAAUUGUAAAUUACUCAAUAAGUAAUGUACACGUAUUCAAAUUUAAGAUUGUAACGUGUAGUUUGCAGCUUGCAAUUCUUAUUGCGAAUCGCAACUAUAAUGCUAUUAUAUUAUAUUAGUAUAUGCCUCCAGCAAAACACAAAUAAAAUUAAAAUAUUAAUUAAAAAAAUGUCAGUAAUAUGAUACUAUUAGGACAAAGCAUAAAAACGUAUUGUAUAAAAUUAAGACUAAGACUAAAAAUUAGAGUAAAAAUAAGUUCGAUAACAAUUGGUAACUUUUGGUUCUUUCUCCAUUUGGUACGAAUUAGGUCAUAGACGCAUACCUCAGUUUUUUAUACAUUCGAUGGCAUCUACGCCGGCUGUGUAGAUUUCUUCAAUACCUCUUGUAAAUUUCGUUAGUGGGCAUUCUUUUACUAUAUGCCUGACAGUUUACUCUUGGCCACAACAAAUUUAAGGAGAUUCCGCCAUUCCCCACUUGUAAAAUAGGUAAUUGCAUUUUCCUUGCUCGGUUCUAAUGCAGUUUAGGGUGUUCCAUAAGCUACGUGAUAAGUUAAAAUCUGGUGUUUUUACUAUUGGAUUUUCGAUCAGUAAUGAAUUCCGUACCUCAGACUCUAACCAUGUCCUUUUACAUUCAACCUGUGAAUCAACCUCGGUCGUGGCUUCUUCCCAUGUAGGGUAUCUGGAUUUAAUACAUUUUAAUUGGAUGGUGUGCUACAGGUUAAGUUUUUGUCUUCUAACUUCUGAGAGAGGGGAGGCAAUAUGUGAGAGAACAGGUAGCGAUUGUAUUGGAGUAAUUUUUGCUGUCCUUAAAAAAUUAUUAUGUAGGUAUAACGUGAAAUUCAUAAAAAAACGCCUCAAAUUUCGUAUCACGCUAUUACGUGUUGGUUAAGUUUUUAAACAGUUUAUCCGGCGCUCUUUGGAUCCCACUAAAACGACUCGUUCGUUAAUUCAGCUCGGACAGCACCCGUAUUAUUAUAAAUUAAUUCGAUUUGAUUCCGAUUGAUACGCAGAUACGUCGACGGCUGUCUGCAGAGCUGCGACGACGCGGACGGAUGCAAUCCCGGGUCGCCGACCGCGACUUCGAACGUGACGCUGCUGCUGAUGGCGCUGAUCGUGAUGCCACUGAUCGCCGGGUUCGUGUCACGAGAAUGGGCCAACAACUAGCGGCGCCGUGAUCAAAGGAGUCCCCGGCGCGAAAACGAGACCGCUCAGAUUUUCGACAAAUUUUUCGGAAAUAAGAGAGAGAGAAACGUUAUUUUUUUUAAAAAAAAAUUACGAUUUCGCAUUAUUUGCAAUAUCGGUAUUAAUCAAGUUACACGCGUACAGUGCGCAUAACAGACCGUCGCGAUAAAAAUAUAGCCUUUAAAACGUUCUAUACUACACCAGUUCUCUCGAUCGGAAAUCGCCAACAUAAAUGGCAGAAGCCGUCUCGUUAUGUGCGCGGGUCCCUCCAAUUAUUCACAGAAAAAAAAAAAAAAAAAUUACUACUAAAUACAUUAUUAAUAAAUUAUAAGAAAAAAAAUAAUUAUAUACGUAUAGUAGCAUAUAUUAUAUGUACUGAGCGUGCGUAUUUGCUCCGACUCUUCGUGCGAAUUUCGUCGUCGUUAUAAUACUAUUUUGCCUACGAACUCGGCGAACGCGCGACGAUAGGUUUUUUUUCUACGGCGUGCCUUAUUGUAAGUACAUAAUAAUGUAUUAAUGCAUUAUCAUAUAAGUAUAUGUCGUAUACAAAACGAUGUCGGGCAAACGUCGAAUUUUAAUUUAUCACGCGUCCCGAGCCCGUCAAAAACAAAAACUCACCCACCCGAACGUAAUCAAAUUAGACCCCCCACGCCCCCUACUCACCCACCCCUGUUUGACCAACACAACAAAUUGGACGUGUUUAAAGUAUAUUAUUAUAUAUUCGUAUUGUGUUUGUAUUAAAAUAUAUUAUCAUAAUAUAGCGUAAUAAUAUUACCGGAAAAGCGCUUUUCGCGUAAAUUUAUAAUAAUGUCGUUCUUUAGAUUUUAAUAUUAUUAUGUGUAACAUGACAUAUCCCAGUUGAGCAUAUCUAUAUUUAUCUAUUUAUUAUAUUUACUGAUAAAAUACUAUUUCCUUUAUCGUACUCUAAUAUAAUUAAUUAUAACUAUAUUAUUAAGUAGAAUACUAUAUUUUAUUGUAACGGUCCUAUACACGAAUAAUAAUAAUAAUAUAGUGUGUACACUAUAAUAUAAUAUAUAUGAAAAAAACAUUUUAAAAAAUGACGUAUUUAUUAUAAG